AUGGCGUUUGCUGGGACAAAUAUCAGUUUGUCCCAGCCGGAUAUCACGCAGAAACUAACGGAGCGCAUAGACGACCUGAAGCAAAAGAUUGCUGCUUGGGGGAAGCGGAUUCGCCGAUUUACCGAGAGGUCAAGGCGGUUCAACCAGAAUCGUCUCUUCCAGAGUGAUCAGAAGAGGCUCUACAAAUCAUUGGAGCGACCAGAGGUAUGUGGAGCGGGCCCAGGACCGGAUCAGGCUAACACUGUCGCAUUUUGGCGUGGCCUGUGGUCAGAGCCCGUAAACCACAGCGAGGGCCCUUGGACGGAAGUUGUGGCGAGUCAGUGUGCGAGUAUUACGCCCAUGGACCCCGUCAUCAUAACGCCGGAUGACGUAGCUGAGGCGGUCCGUAGAGCCCCGAACUGGAAAAGUCCGGGACUCGACGGACUGCAUCACUACUGGCUGAAGGGGUUCAUGGUGGUCCGCUGUGCUCGCCCGUCAGUUUCAAGAGGCUCUCAACCAGAAGUCACUCCCUAG